GUUUACUUUGAUUACAUGCGAAGCUGGAUCCAAAUGCUACAGCAGUUACCUCAAGCAUCGCAUAGUUUAAAAAAUCUGUUGGAGGAAGAAUGGAAUUUCACCAAAGAAAUAACUCCUUAUAUAAGAGGAGGUGAAGCUCAAGCUGGAAAACUAUUCUGGAAAUCUACGGGAAUGUUUUUAGAUUCUGGACUACAAGACAGUUGUGAUGAAUUUUGGGCCAGUGCUGAUGACAGUACUGCAUCAGAUGAAAUCAGGAGGUCUGUUAUAGAGACCAGCCGAGCACUCAAAGAGCUGUUUCAUGAAGCUAGAGAAAGAGCCUCCAAAGCUCUUGGUUUUGCUAAAAUGCUGAGGAAGGACCUUGAAAUAGCAGCAGAAUUUGCAUUGUCAGCUCCUGUGCGAGAUCUUCUGAACGCUCUGAAAACAAAAGAGUAUGUGAAGGUACAAAUCUCUGGACUCGAAAGUUUACAAGUAUUUGUACCAAAUAGUAUUGCAGGGGAAAAAUCAGUGAUUUUGCAGCUCCUCAAUGCAGCUGCUGGAAAAGAUUGCUCAAAGGAUUCAGAUGAGGUUGCAUAUGAGGCCUAUUUACUAAUGACCAAACACAGUGAUAAAGACCAUGAAUUAGAUGACAGCUGGAGUGCAUGGGAGGGUCAGCCAGUCAAAGUCGUGCCACAAGUAGAGACUGUUGAUACACUGCGCACCAUGCAGGUUGAUAACCUCCUCCUCGUAGUUAUUCAAUCUGCCCACCUUGUGAGUCAGAGAAAAGCUUUCCAGCAGUCUAUUGAAGGGCUUAUAUCUCUGUGCCAGGAACAGACAUCCAGCCAACCAGUCAUCGCCAAAGCUCUACAACAGCUAAAGAGUGAUGCAUUAGAGCUAUGCAAUAAGAUAAGCAGUGCCAUUGAUAGAGUCGAUCACAUGUUCACAUCUGAGUUUGAUGCUGAAGUUGAUGAAUCUGAAUCUGCCACUUUGCAGCAAUACUACCGGGAAGCCAUGAUCCAGGCUUAUAAUUUUGGCUUUGAGUACCAUAAAGAAGUUGUUCGUCUGAUGUCUGGAGAAUUCAGGCAGAAAAUUGGAGACAAGUAUAUCAGCUUUGCCAGAAAAUGGAUGAAUUAUGUGCUAACAAAAUGUGAGAGUGGCCGAGGCACGCGACCCAGGUGGGCAACUCAAGGUUUUGAUUUUCUUCAAGCCAUUGAGCCAGCAUUUAUUUCAGCUCUCCCAGAAGAUGACUUCUUGAGCUUACAAGCUCUGAUGAAUGAGUGCAUUGGCCAUGUUAUUGGAAAGCCUCACAGUCCUGUUACAGGUUUGUACCUUGCUAUUCAUCGAAACAGUCCCCGUCCUGUAAAAGUACCUCGGUGCCAUAGUGAUCCACCAAAUCCUCAUCUUAUUAUCCCCACACCUGAAGGCUUCAGCACACGGAGUGUCCCUUGUGAUGCACGGAACCAUUGCAGCGUUGCUGUCAGUCGCCCCGCUCCCGUCGGUAGCGACUCAGCUCAACCCAAACCUGUCAGCAGUGCAAAUGAUACCAGGGGUUCCAGCGUGCCUGAAAAUGAUCGGCUGGCUUCAAUAGCAGCUGAGUUGCAGUUCAGAUCCCUUAGUCGUCACUCCAGCCCCACAGAAGAGCGAGAAG